GCAUCACAUUCAUCUGCAGCGAAGGAGGCACGCGAGAGGGAGGGAAAGCAAAAUGACUGAAGGGGUGCUCUGUGGUAUAUAAAUGUACACAAAUUUCUCCACAGUCUUUUGAGUGCUAGGAGAGCCGGACUCAAGGAUUGAGGCAGACAUUUGUGGGGCGGGAGGUGACCCAGCCAGGCUAAGCUCAAGGGAGAGCCAGUUUGCUACUGAGGAGCAAGCCAGAGCAAUGUCCCUGGCUGGGGUAAGCUGUCUGGUGACAGGAGCAGGAGGAUUUCUUGGCCAGAGGAUUGUCCAGUUGCUGUUGGAAGAAGAAGAGCCGCUGGCAGAGAUCCGACUGCUGGACAAAACCUUUAGCAAUGAAACACUCAGGAGAUUUGAAAAGCUCCAGGGUAAGACUGAGGUGAAAAUCCUGGAAGGCGACAUCCGAGAUGUGAUGUUCCUGCACCGUGCCUGUCAGGGGGUCUCCCUCAUCAUCCACACAGCUUCCAUCAUUGACACCUUGGGCCUCGUAGAGAAGCAGUUGCUCUGGGAAGUGAAUGUGACAGGUACUCAGCUACUGCUGGAGGUAUGUGUCCGCUGUAACGUCCAGCACUUCAUAUAUACCAGUACCAUAGAAGUCACAGGCCCAAACUGGAAAGGUGACCCAGUUUUCAGUGGUGAUGAAGAUACAGUUUAUGUGAGCGUACCAAAAUUUCCUUACGCCCAGACUAAGAGACUGGCAGAGAAUUCAGUGCUGAAAGCAGAUGGUCAGGUGUUAAAGGAUGGUGGCACACUGAUGACUUGUGCCCUGAGAUCAAUGUACAUUUUUGGAGAAGGAUGCCCAUUUCUUCAAGGUCAUCUCGAUAAGUGUCUGUUAAACAAAAAUGUUUACCUGCGCUUCUCCAGAAAGGAGGCUUUGGUGAACCCUGUGUAUGUGGGGAACAUUGCCUGGGCACAUGUGCAGGCAGCCAAAGCCCUGCGGGUUCCACAGAAAGCCGAGAACAUCAGGGGGCAAUUCUACUACAUCUCAGAUGACACUCCUCAUAUGAGCUAUGCAGAUCUAAAUUAUGAGCUGACCAAGGACCUGGGGUUUGCAAUUGAGCCCAGGCUCCCCAUGCCUUUGACAGUGUUGUAUUACUUCUCGCUGCUGCUGGAGAUCGUGAGCUUCUUGCUCAGGCCCUUUGUCAGGUACAUCCCCUCCACCAACCGUCACCUGGUCACUCUACUGAACACCCCAUUCACCUUCUCUUAUAAAAAGGCACAGAAAGAUUUUGGCUACACACCCCGCUACUCAUGGGAAGCAGCCAAGCAAUCCACUGGUCAGUGGCUUGCCUCCAUUGUCCCACAGAGAAGGGAGUACUUGCGAAUCGAGACUGUCUAAGUCUUAAGAGGAGGAGAGACCUGGCUGAACAAGCAGGGCCAGGAGCCAGAGGAGAGCUGGUUGAACAGCUGCACAGCAAACUACAAAACAUUUAAACAAAGACUUAGUGUAACAGCCCCCUCAUCACCACCACCUCCCUCACCCCAAUCCAGAAUAAAUAAAAGUGAAAUGUUCCUUAGUUUGUCUAGUACAGGCUGAUCAUACCAGCUUUACUGUAUAGCACCCAUCCACUUCUACAUCUUGUGCAGCACGAAGACGCUAUUUUAGUAAGACUCCACGCAGUCCUUGGUGGGAAUACAUCAGCCCUUCUUUUCAUUCCAUGCCACCUUUAAGGCUUUUGUAAAGCACAGUUCAUCCUAGAACCACGAUUAUACCUUACAAACACGUCCUACUCACUUAUACUCUACUCAUUCAGCUCUUGCCAAACACGCAACAGGGUAGAAGGCACUUGAUUGCAAAAGCUGUUACAAAUCUUGCUCACUUUUUCAAGAGCGUAGUCCAGUUUCACGUGCCUUUCACUUGACAGUCAGACUUGAGAGUAAAUUUGGGUGCUGUAAACAUUCUGAGGCCAAAAGAGCAAUGCAAAUGCAGCAUAGUUUUAGUUAGGCUGGUGUGUGAAAGGGGAGAUUUGGUCAAGUGAAGACUUCUUCAUCCAUUCUCAUUUUCCUCAUUACCAGUUUUGCAAUAAAUAUGAUGGCUGGUGAGCAGAACAGAUUCAACAAGAUGAUAAGCAGGAAAAUAUUGCAGGAUGGCUUUGGUCACUGAAGAGUUUCCAUUGCAGAGUCAAGACAUUGGCGAACACUGAAGAAAAAUAAGCAGUGCAGGAAAAAUUCAUGCUAUUUCCAGAUUUCAGCUAGGAACAAAGGCUUACUUUAUCUGAUAGAUGCACAUGUGGUGUCCCUGUGCUUUUCUGAUACCCAUAAAAUGUGUAACUUGACUUCUGGGCCAAAAAUGUAGCACUUAUCUGAACAAAUGUUUGCUUCUUAAUCAUACACCUCACUUCCUGAAAACAGCUCUGAAAGAUGGGAGUUUCUCUGUUCUGUUCAGGAUGGUAUGAACAGAAAUAUUUUACCUGACUCUGUACUAAAGUAAAUAAAUCAAAUUUCCUGAGAUGUAGGCAGAUUACAA